CUCGAAGUGAACAUGAGAUCGAUUAAGCCAAUUUUUAAAUUAAAAUUAAGUUUUUUAUUUUACAUAAUAUCUAUUUUUUAAAAUAUUUAAAUAUUUAAUUUUGGGAAAUCAUGGUAUAAAGUUCCAAAAAGUGGCCCCCCGAUUUCAGAUACACUUUUUGCUAAAUUCAAAUCCGUUUUCUGAAUUUGUAGUUUCACAAUAUCGGUCCUACUGAUUACCGGAAUAUAAAUCCAAAUUGGUAUAUGGUAGCCCAAAACAAUAUGUCGGUAUAUACUAUAUAGCAUAGCAAACAGAAUACAUAUACAUUUAAAUUACUCAUUAUUACUAAUUUACAUAGAAUUCAUCUGUAUUACUAUAGUAGGUAUUUUAAGUUUCGAGUUCACUUGAAAAUUACCUAAUCAAAAAUAAUUUUUAUAUUUUAAUCAAAACAAAUAUUUAUGAUAAGAAAUUGCCGCGAUUCUUAUUAGGUUUUAUCAUUAUAUAAAACCUAAUAAGAACGUGGAUCUUGGAUUGUACUGUUAUAAUUUUUACCUACAUUUUUAUUAAUAUUAAAACUAAAAAACGUAGUCACAAAUGUAGAUAUAAUAUAAUUAUUAGAUAACUGUUGUGUAUUAUUUUGUGUUAAAAAAAUGUUUAUUAUAAAUAAUUCACACAAUACUAAAUCAAGAACUAAAUUGGAAAAUUAGAAAUAAUGUUCGUUUUGUCUAAUCGUUUAAGGUAAGGGUUAAACUGUUUAUACCUAGUAAAAUGAUUGAAAUGUUUGAUGUACAUAAAAUAAUAUUUAUUAUAAUGUUAUUCCAUAAACUAUAGAGUACUCUGGGUUAUUGUAACAAUUGCCUUGUUCGGUUUAACAAAAAGUGUACACAGAAUACAGUAUCUACACUUUUUACUACAUUUUUGAUAAGGAAUACUAUCAAAUGUGUAGGUGUAGAAUUUACACUAUGAUGUGACUAAGGAUACAUAGAAGUAAAAUUGAGUAUGAGUUAGGAAGAACAGGACAAAACAGCUAAUGACAAUAAAUAGUUCCGUAAUAGACGAGAUUGAGAGUUUUAAGUACCUAGGAUCUUUUGUACAAAAAAACAAUGGCUUUAAGAUAGGAUAAAAAACAAAUACAUAUGAGAUACCUUAGACAUGAUUUCGAUAGUAAACAAAAUAAGAGAUUGAGAUGAUAUGGGCAUGAAAAGAAUAAAUUGGUAUGAAUUCUAAUAAAAAUAAAUGUAAGAGGAAAGAGGUGGAGAGGAAGACUAAAAUAGAGGUGAUUGAUUGUAUUUUAAAAUAAUAUGAGGACAGCCAAUAUAUGCAAAGUGGAAAAUUGGGUCAAGGGGUUAGUUGGGAUGAGACAAAGAAUAAGAUAUAGAUUUCUAAUCAAUGACCAAUACCAAAUUAUUAAGAAAGUGUUUAUUAUCAAAGUUUCCUUUUCUUUAAAUGUAAAAAUGUCACAUUUUUUUACAUUAAUUUUAAUUUGUAUAAAACUUACCAUUGAUUUGGUCUUUGCCCAUUAUAAUUGCUGAACAAUUUGAUACUUUUAGGGAAUGUACCAAUGUUUCGGCUUUUAAAUUAUUAUUAAUUAAAGCUACAAUAACACCAAUUUUAGAUAAACCUAGCCAGAUACAAACAUAUUCUGGACAACUUUCCAUAAACAAAGCAACAAUAUCGCCUCGUUUAAGACCUUGUUCUUUGAAAUAAUUGGCAAUUUGGUUGCUGAGUUCUUCUACCUAUAAAUUGUAAGUAAACUAUAACUGUGUUAUAUUUAUGUUAUUUUUAUAAUUGAUAUAAUUAAGUUAGUUAUUACUUGUUUAUAAGUAUUAAUUAUAUUUAGUUAGAUUAUUAGAUAUAUAAUAAAGUAAUAAAUCCUAAUUUACCCAAUUUUAAAUUUGUUAUUACUGGUUUUUACUGUAUACUUAGUAUAUAUAGGUGACCCAUUUAUUAUAAACCAGUGAUUUUCUCAAAAGAUUUUAAGUGAAUUUAAGUUCUAUUUUUUUUAGAUUAUUAUGAAUUUGUUUAAAUUUUAUUUUACCACCAUUUUCAAUUUUUACCCCUACUUCUUAUACUUUAUAUAAUGUAAUAGGUACACAUUUUUAAUUUUCAAAUUGCUAUAAUUUAAACAAUUUCAUUUAUAUUUUGUAUUAUUCUAGGAAUAAACCUUUUAUUUAUAUAAAGCCAGUAUAUUUCAAUGAAUAUUAAAAUAAAAUUAUUUUGUUCUUAAAGUUAGCAGCAAGUUUCUUACAUCAUUUUAAUUAUUCUAUUGAUAAACAUUAGUUUAAUUUUAACCCUGUGGUUGUUCUAACCUUUACAAUUUAUUAAAUAGACCAUCAAAGACUGGUGAACUAAUAAUACUAUAAACAUAAAAACUAAAUUGGUAUUGAAUAUAGAGGUACAUAUGAUAAAAAAUACACAAUUUUAAUUUUAUAGAUAGUCUCUAAAAAUUAAAGUUAUAAAUACAUCAUUUUUAUAUUUUAGGAUCAGUUAAAACUAUUUUGUUUUAGCUUAUUGUUUAUUAGCAAUAGUGCAUUUGUCUGAACAUUAUAUAAAUAGACAUUUAAAUUUGUGAUGAUUAGGAACUAACCAUUUCCUUCCACUAGGACAACUAAAUGGAAUGAUAUACCUUUAAAUGACAAUAAAAAUCUAAACCAAAGUUUAAUUUAUUUCAAUUUUAUAUUAAAAUAAAAUGCAUUACUAUAAUAUAUAAAAUAUACAAUUUUAAUUGAGUGUUGUUUAAUUCAUCUAUGAUUAUAAUGUAUUGUUUGGUGUCAUUAAUUUUGUAUUGAUUGAAUAAAUUUAUAAUUUUAUAAUGCAUAUUAUCAAUGUGCCUACUCAUUAACUCAUAUCUUAUAAUAUAUAUAUAAUUGUAAAUUACAAUAUUUAAUUAUAUAUUGUUAAUAUUAUUGUUUUAAACCAAAAACAUAUAAAAAAUUGAUAAAUUUCUUAUUUAAGUAUAUUUAUUUUUUAAAUCUUUAGAAAACUUCAAGUACCUGUUCAUCACAUAUUUUAACCCUCAUUAAUAAAAUACUAAAAACUAUACAUUUUUUUUUUAUAUGAAAAAUGAAUCUAGCAUAAAAAAAAGUAUAAUUGAUAAGUGUGAUGUUAUCACAGCUAUUUUGUUAAACUAUUUUAUGGUAGUAUCUAAAUUGUGUUUAGGCAGGUUAAGGCAAUAUUAUGAAAGUCAAUAGUUUUUAUAAUAUGUGCCCAAUUAAUAAUAGGGCCCUUUAGAUCAUCACUUUUUUGUGCAUGAUUGGAAUUAGCACGUGUAUAGUAAAUCUCAACGGUGUGUGGCAGUCAUGUAUGAUGCUUUAAGAGUGUAUUUAAAAAAAGUGACACACGUCAGUUCUGCAUUCUUUUUUUUAUGUUGUAAUUGACCAGAAAACGUAUCCGUGUAAAUGUUAUAACCAGGGCUCAGAUUAUAUAGCACUGAAAAUAAGUUAAAUAUGAACUAUAUUAUGGUAUAAAAAAAAUUUGCUACACUAUUCUUUAAAAAUAUGAAAAAUGGAAUAAAAGAAAAUAUAUUUAUUUUUUUUAAAUAUACAAGUACAACUUUUAAAAAGACAUAAAUGAAGACUGUUUGAUAAGUAAAUACGCUGAGCUACUUAAAAAUAGACUAUAAUAUGAAACAGAAAUGUAGUUAUGUAUUUUUCUUACAGAUUUUUUCUAUUGUUUAUGAAAAAUAUAAAAUAAAUCACUAUAUGCUUAAUUAUCCAAAAAUUGAAAAAUAGCUCAAAAAAUCUAAAAUACUUCAAAUAUGCAAAAAAUAGCAACAUAAAAUGUCUUAUUUGGAAUUUCUGGUACAUAAAACAAAUGCAAAGUUUACUCUGAUAUUUUUAUUUAUAUCCUAUAAUUAUUAGCAAAUGUUAUAAAAUCUGAAGCUUGGUUAUAACCAUCUCUAUUUUUGUGCUAUUGGUGCAUAUAGUUUUUUAAAAACCAAUAUUCCAACAGUCUUCAUUUACGUAAUUCUGUCUAAUGUGUUUUAUAAACUUUAAAUUAAAAAUCUAAAUUUAAUAUUAUUAUAUAUCUUCUUGAAGUUCUUAUAUGUUUUGGGUGUUGGAAAUUAUUUCUCUUUAAUUAAUUAAUUUUUUGUUGCGGCAAACCAAUUGUAGAGGUUUUUAACCACAAUGUCCUUUGUCUUUCAAAACUUCGCUUACCAUUUAUUUUUCCUUGAAGUAUAAGUUGCAGCAAUCUAUAUCUUGUUAUUGUUAUUUCUUACUAUGUGACCUUGGUAUUCUAACUUCCGUGAUUUUAUGUUAAAUACACAAUUUGUCCAUAGAAUAUUUAGAAUUUGACAAUAAUUAUUAAAAAUUUUAUAUAUUAAUUUAUAUAUAUGGAAAAAAAAAUCACUAUUGUGUGUUGACACAAGCUAAAAUUAAAAAAAGAGAUCGAAAUGGUUUAAGGAUAGGAGAUUUUUGUGAUAUUAAAAUUAGUAAAUUAGUGUAGUUGUACAAAUCAAUGAAAACGCUGAGGAAAAGGUUACAGGAAACAACUGGCACGCAUGAUAAUAAUCAAGGAAAAUCAUUUGAUAAACACGCAUUUUCAUUUAUGUUCAUAUAAACAUUCUUUUACACAUGAUUAGAGUGUCACAUUCCAAUAAUACACAAAAAAUAAUUAAUUUAAAGGGCCCUUAGUAAACCUAAUUAUACUUAGUUCUCUUAAUUGGGUAAAAAUAAAAAAAGCAAAAAACGUUAAUAUUAAUAAACAUAAUAUCUGAAAAAAAUAAUAUAUUUACAUACCUAAUCAAUAUAUUAUGACAUUGUGGUCUGUUAUUAUAUUUUUAAUAGACAUUUGAGUUUGGUAAUUAAUUAUUAUCUAUAAAAUUUGUUAGGUUUAUUUCUGAACUAAUGGAAAUAUUAUAUUUAUUAACAUAUAUUACAUAUUUCUCUAUCUAGAUUGCAAGAUCUCACAUUCAAUUAUUUUAAAUUUCUCUCCUCUUUUAUUUCCAUUAGUAUUAGACAACCCCUUUUUAAUCUCCAGUUAUAAUUGAAUUUUGAUGGUCUCCAGCUAUUUAGGUAUUCAAGGCAACAAAGCUGUCUUAUUUGUUAAAUCAUCUUCAUCAUUUUGCUGUUCUCUCCACUUUAAUUCAACAAACUGAUUUUUUCCACUUAGAUUAAUACAAUAGACCUGGUAUAAGAAUAUUUCUUCAAGGUGUUGUUCCAUAAUUUAAAACUCAGUAGAAAAACAAUUAUACAAUAUUGUUUAUUCAAUUACGCACAAUUUAUUACUUUUUGCUGACCAUGCAAAAACAUUUAAAGCCAUAAAUUUACUUUCUGACACUGAAUUCCUUCAUGAAGAUUUAACAAGUUUUAAUUUUCAGUGCAAAUAAAAUGGUCUUUCUUUAAUUAUUAGCAAAUAUCAAACAAUUCAUUUUUCAAAAAACAUAAAAACUUGUUAUUUAGCUCCAAUUUAAACUUUGCUCUUCGUAUCCAUUUUGACACUAAACUGUUCUUUCAUAUUAUUUCUAUUAAAAAUAAAGCACUAUUUAGUCUUAUGCGUAAUUGUUUGCCCUUUACUGAUUCUUUAACUUUUAAAUAUUUUUUUAUAUCUAAUAUCAAAUUUCAUCUAGAAUACAGUCAAAUUAUACGGGACUCUAAUACUAUUGGUAUCUCCAAUCACAUAGAAGCUAUCUAAAAAUUAGGAGCACGUAAAAGGCUGACAAGCAAAAAUAAAGGGUCAUCAGUAAAUAAGUAAAUGAGUAGCAUCCUAAUAGUUGGCAUAUGAUUCCUAUGCACUCACCAUUCCACUAAAUCUAUUCACGAUAAAUCCUACAUACUUCUGCAGUGUCCUUCUCUUUUCACUUAAUGUAAUUCUGCUUUGAUAGAUUCCUACAAUAUCUUUUUUAAUGCUCAAUCCUUUCUUCAUAACUCCUAUCAAACUAUCCUUCUUUAACUAUGUUUUAAUAAAAACAAAGUAAUAAUUAUUAUACUUUAUUUUGAUAUCUGAGUUAUACAAUAAUUUAUGUUAAAAAUUCUCAAAUUAAAUUGCUUAUACAUUUUUGAAUGGUGAUAAAUAGUUCAAUAAAGUAAUGAAAAAUAAAUCUAGUCUUAAAAUCUGUUUAUUUGGUAAGUGUCACAUUAAGGUUGCUAUUUUGUUUACCUAAUUUAUGGUAGUACAUUGUGUUUAGGUGGGUUAAGGUAAUAACACGAAGGUCAAUAGUUUAAAUAAUAUGUGAUCAAUUAAUUUAUUAUUUGCAAGUAUAUAAUACAAAUAAAACAAUAUAUUUGAAAAAAAAAAUAUACCUACCUAUUCGAUAUGUAUUAUGGAUUUCUAGUCUGUACUGUGUUUUUAAUAGUUAGGUAUUUAAUUACUACACAUAACAUUAUAUUACUGAAUUAAUAUAAAUAUUAUCAGGGUUAAAAUUGUAUAGCAUUUGCAUAUUUCUUACGAGAUGCUUAAGAAAUAACAGAGUAAGCUAAAUAUGUGUUUCAUGAUACAGAGAACUCAAAUUAAAAAUUAUUUUUGCAUAUAUUUGCAUAUUUGUUUACAAUUUUUUAGAUUUUAUUGCUAUUUUUGGACUUUUUGCAUUUUUACCUGUUUUUUUAAUCAAAAUUGGUCAUAAUUUAUAAAAUUAUAUUUCAGUAAAUGUGUAUUUAGAUUAUUGUCAAUCAAAUUUUCAAAGUAAAUUACAUCAAGUAUGCAGACCGAUUACUUGAACAAACUGAUGAGAUGUGAGCAAUGCCACGCCAUUCCUAGUAUUUUGUAUCAUUUGAUUCUAAUUUUAAACUGGUUAUCUGCUGAUUUUGUUAGGUUUUUUUCUAUCAUUUUAUGGGUUCUUUUUUUAAAAAAAGGUAUUUUAAAUUAUUAUAAUAAGUCUCUAACAAUUUGAAAGUGGUUAAUAAAUGUCUGGUUUUUUUUUUUUUUCAUAUUUUGUUAUGAUACUCAUACUUAAGGUUAUAUUAUUGUGCAUAUUUAUAAAAUUUUAAGUGCUAUAAAAUCCCAACCCUGUUAAUUAUUAUACUUUAUUUGAUAUCCAAGUUAUACAAUAAUUGUUGUUGAUACAUUUAUUUAGAUCCAUCCAGCCCAUGAAGUUAACAAAAGUAGACCUGUUUUAUACACCUGUCUCUUCAUUCAAAAUUCAUAAUGAGCAAAAAAAAAGCUCCCCAACCACCCUGAGUUAUGACAAUCCAUGUAGUUGCAUUACUUGAGACACUAGAUCCACCAUAAUAUAUAUUUUUUUCAUAUCAUAUUUAUAAUAUUUAUUAUAAAUUAUUACAUCAAUAAUAUUAUAUGAUUUACCUCUAUAUAUCUCCAUAAAGUAUCUUCAUGCUUAAAUGCUACUUUAUUAGGAUGUUUUGUAACAAUUCUUUGGAAAAUUUUAGCAUAUGUAUUGUAUCCUAAUAAAUUCCAUAUCCUUAUCUUGAUAAAAUAUAUUGCAUAGUCUUUGAUUAUUCUGAAAAAAAAAAAAAUCAAUCUUUUAUUUAUCUAUUAGAUAUUAGUUAACUUAAUUAUUCUGAGAAAUCUAAAAAAAAGUUAAAACACACAUAAAGAUCAAACUACUUAGUUUUGUUAUUACUUUACUAAGACUACUUUACAUCUACUAUUAAGUUUUAACCUUCAAUGAUGAAUUUAUGAACUUAAAUCCCGUACAUCUUCUCAGAAUUAUUUUUAAAUAAGAUAACUGUUGUUUCUUAAAUAAACCAAAAUUAAAUUAUACUUUUAAUUUUCACAAAACGGACUGAAAGGAACAAAGUUUAUAAAGUAUACAAAGUAUAUAGGAAGGAAUUCAUUUUUAUAUGUUAAUUAAUUGCUUUGUUAUAAUUAAUAAAACAAUAAUGUAUAAUUGCCUAAAAUUAAAAACUAUAAUACUUGUAGGUAUUAUAACAAAAUCUAUUUGUCUGAUUAAUAAUUGUAUACAUUUUUAAAUAAUUAAGUUCAGUUAGUUAAUUCAUGAUGUUAUUAUAUUUAAUUAAACAAAAGAAAUAUGGUUAUUUAAAUCAAAAAAAGUGAUAAGUGAUAAGUUUGUGUUAUACGCUGUAUUAUUAUUAUUACUAUAUUCAUAGUAAUUCUAUUGUAUUCAAACUACAACAUAUGUUAAAAGUAAUUCAAUUGCUUGUUUAAUUGUUUCUAAAUGAUUCAAUUAUUGCUAUAAAUUAUAAUGUUUAUUUGGGAAACGGUUUUAUCUACUAUGAGUUUGAAUAUUUUAUCACAUCAUACCAAUAUAUAAUUUACCAAUUUCUCUUUGAAUCUAAACAAUUAUAUAAUCAUAUGUAGGUUAUGAGAAACUACUGUAUUUAUUUUCUCAUGAAACCAAGAAAUAAAACAAAGCAAUGACAAGGCAUAGCCUUCAGUGAAAUGAAGAUGUAGGUUUAAAACAUGUACUAGGAUACUAAUAAUUUAUUUUACAGUAUUCAUGACAUGUAUAUUAUACAAAUGUUUCAAUUUAGAAAUGCUAUUAUUGAUAAAAAAUCACUCUGUAUAAUUCACAGCUAGGCAUAUAUUGUCCUUAAUUGUUAAAUAGGCAACCAACAAAAUAAGGUGUUAAUAAAUAAUUGAAUGGUCCCUACAAUGUGGUGUAUCAUAUUUAAUAAUAUUAAUGUAUAAUAUCAUUUCCGCUGAGUAUCAAUAUAUAUAAUUCUAUUAUUUCAAUAUGUUUUAUUAAAUUCUGUUUUAAAUAUUUAUAAGUUAAAACUUAAAAUUAAACACCCAAAGCGUAGGUAAAUAUUAUAUUAUUAUUUCUUAUAUUUUGAAUAAUUAGUUUAAGUUGUAAUAUUUAAAUAGAAAAGUAAAGACUAGUAUUAUUAUUAUUAUUUUUAAAAAACUAAAUGAGACUGUUUAAUAUUUGAUCUAAAAGAGAAUUAUCUUGUUAAUUUGUUUAAAAUAUAUAUUCAAUAAAUGGCUCUAAAUACAAAAAAACAACAGCUUUCAUAAAAUAUUGCUGUGUAAAUGUAUUAUAUUAAAAACAAAUUGAUCCAAUUUACUAGAUAAAUACAUGGUAUAAUUAUGUAAUUACUACAUUAAUACAUAGUAUUUACCAGGAAAAUGCCUAUAUAUUUUGAAAUAACUUUUUUUACCUAUUUUUACUUAUAUCUAAAGACAAUAAUAAUGAUAGUUUUAAAAAAAACCUUAACCUUUAGAUAUUUCACCUCUCAUUCUAUUUGUAUAUUAUAUGUUUCUAUUAUAUUCUAUAUUCUUUUAGGUGUUCAGUAUAUUUAUUAAAUAGAUGAUUAUAUGAAUAAAUUUGUUUUGCUAUUUAAAUAAUAUUUAAUUAUUGAUUUUACUAUGAUGUAUGCUUUCAAAUUAUUUUUUUCGGUCUCUAAACAACUUUUUUACCAGAAAUAUAACUCCAAUCAAAAUCUUAAUAAGAACUUUUUUUGUAAAAUUUUGUUUCAAAUUUAGAGAUGCUCAACCAGUGGCACAAAAAAAAUUCCAUUUUUAGAAAUUUUCCAAAAAGUUCAGAGUAAAAUUUAAAUUAAAAAAAAAAAAUAAACAAUAAACAAUAUUCAAUUUAAUGUGAAAUUUUAUUGGCUAAUAAUGCAAACUUUUGUUUGAAAUUCAUUGUACCAAUUAUUAAAAAUGAGUAAAGAUGAUCAUCUAUUAAUCAGAAUCUAUUAUUUGAUUUUGUUAGGUUCAUACGUAAAAAUAUUUUUCAUUGCAGUAUAAAUUGUUUAUACAUAAUUUAUAAAUAAUUGUUUCACUAUUGUUAAAAAUUAAUAAUUACUUUAUAGUUUACAGUGAUUUUUUUUAAAAAAAUGAAAUAAAUUUUUAAGUUUUAUUUACAAUAUUAUUAUAAUUAUUUGUAGAAGGUACAGGUGAAAUGGUACAUGCUGUUUACAACACUACCUAUUAAAUAAAUGAAAAAUGAUUCCAGGUGAAAGUAUAGUCAAAUGUAGGUAGUGGAUACCUAUAAGUAUUGUGUAGCAUACCAUAACGCAAUAAAAAAAAAAUACACUAUAUUAGUAUGUGUACACAAUGUUACACCCAUUAAUAAACCCUAUUAUACUGAUUUUAGUUCUCUUAAUUGGGUAAAAAUAAAAAAUUUAGGAUUUCUGAUUGUUAAGAUAACUUCAUAAUAUUAUUUUGAUUGUAACCAUUAGAGAUAUUCUACUGAAUUCUAUUGUCAUAGUAAAGGAGUAGCCUUGGCAUUAUAACAUACUUAAAAUAUUCUGUUAUUGUUUUCAUUUAAUUUUAUUAUUUGUAGAUAAAAAAAAAAAUCCAUAUUUGAAGUUUAUAAGGUUAUAUGCAGAAGAUAUUUUUAUUUUGUUACAUUUGAAAGAUAUAAUUUUGAACUAUGCUUUUAUAAUUUAUGUCUAAAAUGUGAAAAUAAAAAAUAAGUACUUACAUUGUUGCAUAUGUUUGGAUUAUUUAAUAAAAACAGCCCAGGAAAUAUUUAAUCUACUGGACCCAAAAUUUACAUAGCAUUUCAAUUUAUUACUUUAUAUUGUCAAUACUUUCUCUUGAAAGUAUCCUAAUUGACAGCAUAUUACAGCCCUUAUAAUAACCUAAUGCAAUUUUUGAUGGCUUAUUAAUAAAGGCCUUGUAGCUUAAAGUAGUCCCUGGCACCUUAUUGACAGCCCUUCAAGUACCAUUUUACAGCUUAACAGAACAUAUCUUAUCUUGGGUUAAAAUUAUUAUGUCACUUAACAUUUGCUUAACUUAUUUCUAUUGUGGUCUACAAAGAAAUUUCCUGGUGUCCAACCUUGUUGGUGUGUCUUCAAUAGUUUUCAUUAAGUGUAAAUAAUAGUAAAAUAGUGACAUUUUUGAAUCUAUUAAAUGUAUGUUUGUGAUACUUAAUGUGUUUUUAAUAAGCUCAAUGUAUUUGAUUGUGUUCAAUAUUAAAAAAAAACAAAAAAUUGUAAUUGAAUAAUCAAUCAUGUUUGGAUUGAUAUUUUUGAAUAUUGUUAUAAUUUUAAUAAUUUAUCAGUUUUCUGGUACACAUAUUUUUUUAUAAAGAUUAAACUGAUUUAUUUGUUUUAAGUUUAAUUAUUUGAUCAUUUUUAUCUAUUAUAAAAUAUUUAUGAAUACAAAAGUAGGUAGUAUUCAAAAAAUGGAAUUGGAUACUGGAAAUCUAAUUGAAUACAAAUAAUAUUUAGAAGUUGAUUAAAAACAGUGAAUAUACAGUUGAAUAAUUUGAAGAAAAUUUUAUUUUGUAGGUAGUAAUUUAGAAAAUAUUAACAUCUAAUCGUAUUGCUAGGGCCGUAGCACUAAACAAAAUGGAAAAUAUACUGUUAAAAUAUGUAUUUAAAAAAAAAUGAACACAUUGCCUACUUAAGGGAAUUAUUUUAUUUCAUGCAUAGAUAAGAUACCAUGUCUUCCGUGUAAUGAUAAAAAUAAUAAUCUUGGAAGUUAAUAAUUUCAAAUAAAAAUAUACUCAUAGCAAAUAGUAAAUUCUUAAUUUUUGUUUUACCAAUUUUAAAGAUUUAUUAAAUACUAUUUUUGUUUAAUUUAGUAAUAUUUUACUAAAUUAAAUUUGAAAUAUUAUUAAAAUAUACAGUUACGUGAGAAAAAAACUAAUUAUGCAAAAUAAACGUCUAUAAGUUCCCGGUAACUUGAAACAAAUUUUUAGGUCACCAAGCUAGGUUUUGAUUAUUAAAAAAAUAUACAAACUUUUAUAAGUUCCUAUCCUACUUAUUUAAUUUUCCGUUAUUAUACUAAAAUAAAAAUGCUUUUUUCAAAUCACAAUGAAAUAAUAUUUUCAAAACACUAUUUUUUAAUUUUUGUUUAGAAUACUUUGUCUAUAAUAAUACUUGUAGUUAGUGGAAUGAAUUAUAAUAAUUUAAUCUACUUUAAAUUUUGACUAUAAUUAUUAUCCCUGCAUAAUUUGAUACAUUCUAAUGACUAAUUCAUUCACUAGUAGUAGUAGUAGUACAACUCAAUUGUAGACUAUUUAGGUGGUAUUCAAUCAUUUCAAUUUAAGUUUAAAGUAUAUCUUUAUUAAUAAUUUUUAUAAAAGGUAGUUGGGACAAUUUUAUUUCCUUAUUGACUCCUUUUUGCCAUCAUUUAGGGUUUCAGCUUCUAUUUUCUGGCAUUUAUAUUUAUUUUAAUAAUAGUCAAGGUAUACAGAUCAAAUUGUUCGAGUACAGUGCAUUUUUGAUAUUUGUGACCAAUUGACCAAUUUUAACAUUAAAAUAAUGCGAGGAUUGUAUAUGUCCCUUAUUGUACACUUUUCAUCUGCUAAUAAAACAUGUAAAAUAUAUUAUAUUUUUUUUUAUUUAAUUGUUAACUGAUUUUAUGAUUGACAGUAACCAGGUAUUAUUCACAUUGUUAUUAAUACUUGAUUGUUACAAACAUUUUGGAUUUUUAUAGUAUAAAUUUUAAGGUUAUUAGAAAUGUCUAUACAAUUUACUUAAAUUAAAAACUAUAUUUAGACUUUUUUCAGAUAUUAAAAAAUAUGUUCAGAUACAUGCAAUCUUAAAAUCAACAUACAUUUUAAUUGUAUCGUUGUAAUUUAUAAUAUUAUAUUUUACCUAUUUAUCAUUUAGAUAGGUAUUUUAUUAAAAAGGUUAACACCAGUUUAAGCAAUAUUCAUAAUGUAGGUACCUAUUGUAUUUUGAACAUUUAAAUAAUAUUAGUUUGACUAAUAUAUAUACUUGGUAUACUUGUACUAUUAUACAAUAUUAUAAUUAUCUCAUUAUUCAUUUAUUCUAUGAUCAAGAAGGAAAUGAAGGAUCACUAUUUAUAGAUCUCCUGUUAAUACCUACUUAAAUAUAUAUUUUAUAAACCAUUAACAAGUAGAUAUCUACGUAACUAUUCUAUUUAAAUAUGUACCUAAUACACCUAUCUAGGUGGCUGUAUACUAUUAAGGACAUAUUUUUGACGUGCAUAAUAUAGGCAAUUAUAUAAAUUUGAAUUUAAAAAGGUACUGUUAUCUAUAUUAAAAAUUCUAUAAUUUACUUAUGAAUUAUUUGCAUUUAAAGCGUAAUAUUAUAUUUUAUAUAUUUACUUACAUAGCGUCCCUCGGAAUUGUUUGCCAGACUACGACUAAGAAAUCCCAGUAAUUUAUCAUAAACCAUCCUGCGCCCAAAACUGGAAUUACAUAUAGUAUACAAUAUUUGAGGUUGAUCAAUAAAAAGGCUAGAGCAGUAACGGCCGAAAGCAAAACAAACGACACACUAUGUUGAUUUUCUUUAUUCAUAAUUGUGUUAGUAGGUGGGUAAAAAAAAUAUUGUUUUCCUGACGACCAAAACUUCUUCGUCACGUGCGCACCUCAAUGACUGCGGAACGACUAGUUUUUGUAGUUUCGGUUGAUCGUUUGGGCAAGCGGCCGACAGGUUGCUGGCGGAUAUGCUCGUUGCUACUACAACUGCUAUACCCUACAUGAUAAUAAUAUAAUUCCAAACGACGCGAUACCUAGUGGCGCAAACCGAAUGCAAUAAGGCAUUAAAGAAGAUAUAAAUAUAAUAAUACUUCGUGCGUAUUGUAUAAUAGUCGCAAUCGCGAGCCUAAAAUCACCUAUAAUUAUUAUAAUAUUAUUUACUUAUUUAGUAAUCGUUUAAUGAUUACACAAAAUAAUGUUAGUAUUACAUUUUUUUUUCUAUUCGCAACUUAUAUACACUAAUAAUCGAUGAAAUAAAAACGAUAAGCAACGCGAUGGAACGUGUAAAUGGUAAUAUUUUAUAUAAUAUUAAGUACCUACACGUACUUGGGUAGGUGAUACUUAGGUACGUAUUUUACGAAAAUUAUUUUUUGAAAUAUAAAGUAUAAAACUUAAAUUUAAUUGAAGUGUAAUACUUUUUAUAAAUAUUGACACUCAAUACUUACCUAGAUAAGUACCUUAAUUGAUCAACAUAAAUUAUCAUUAUAAUAAUAUAGAUGAUAUCAUUAGUCUAAAGUCCAAAUUACCCGUAAAAAUGAGUAAACAUAGAUGUCAUUAUCUAUGUAUGUAAAUGGUUCAUAUCAGAAUUGUCAGAAUCAUCUAUAAUAUCACCUAAUUAUAGUAUAAUAUUAUUAUCGUACUACAUUAGGUACCUUUGAUAUCUCCCCAAUUGUAUUAUUUUAUUUAUUUUAGUUAUUGUUGUAGCUACCUACUUAUUUUAAAUGCAAUUUUUGUAAAUAAUAAUGUGUAAUAAUUUGUACGUAUUUUAUUUAGAUACUACUGUAGGUAGUUAUAGUAAUAACAUGAUGUUAUAAUAGUUAUUCAAUUUGGUACCAUUUGGUUAAAUACAAAUUAUCGAAUGUCUCAAAACGUCAGAAAACUCUUGGAAUGGAUAUUCGAAUUAUCGUCAUAAUAAUUCAUAAGACCCAUGAGCCUCGAAUUAAAUAAAUGAAAGAUUGAAACUUCACUUCUUAUUACCAUAGUUAGCAAUUUUAGUUACAUGUUGGGGAACUUGGCAGGCAAAUAAGGGCUAUGCCCUCAAGUCCCCCACAAAUCCGUCACUUUCGCCCCUUCUUGAAUUUGGACAGAACUUCCACUGAUUUUUGCAAACUAUGUUUUCUAUCAGAAAUAUUGCUCUAAUAGAAAAACGACAAGAUAUCUUUUUUGAUGAAUUUUGGAUCUAGUUGUUUACGAAGAAAAUAAUUUUAUGAUUGUCCAAGCAGUAGCGUUUGCAGGGGAGGGAGGUUAGGGAUUAUAUCCCCCCCAUUGGUUUAAAAUGAAAAAAAAAUAUGAGUAAUCUAAUGUCAAGGUGCAUAUAUUUCAGCCAAGUUACGAGGAAAAACUAGUCAUAUUGAAUAGAAAUUGGCCUUUUUUAGGAUCCGGUUUUUAAAUUAUCGAUUGCCUCAGUUAAUUUUGGUAGAGAAAACGAAUUUAUGAUUUAUUCAUGAUUCUUAUUUGCUACAUCCCCUCCCAUUGAUAAUUCCUGGGCACUCCACUGUGUCCAAGUAAUUUAGUAGUUUUCAUAAUAAUUGGGAGAAAACGUAAAAUGAAAACUAUCAAAUUUACGGUUAUGAUUUCAUUAUUUUAAAUUUGUAUAUUUUAUACCAGAGUUGAUCCAAUAGAACAACAAGAAACCUUUUUUGUACUUUUUUGUUGAAUUUUUAAUCUGGUUGGUAAGUAUGAAAGAAGUUUUUCGAUUUGAAAAAUAAAAUUACACCUCCACUCACUACUUUUGCCUCUUGCAUUACUAUAUUUUCAAAAUAUUACGUUACCUAGGUGAAUAUAGUUUUAAUGGAACCAGAAGUUGAAACUUUAAUUUUUCUCGAAAUAUGCACAGUAAUAAAAUUAUUUAUUACCUUAAUAUUGUCAUAUUAUAAUCUCGCUUUUAGUGUUUUUAGUGUAAACUAAUAAAAUAAAUUGUGUUAUCUGAUAAAUAAUAAGAACACUCAAAUAUACAUUAUUACAAUGUAGAUUUAUAAGACUAAGUAUGUCUUAAAUAUUUUCGUCUUUUUGAAUUUAUUCACCUCCUAUUUUUAUAAUAAUUAUAUUAGUAUAUAAAAUAGAGCUUGAGGUAAUUUCGGUAUUUACCAUAAAUACAGUAUUUAUAUACGAUAAACCAAACAAAUUCGAUACUUAUUUCAACACGUACCGAAUACUGGUGAGUGAAUUCUACGUGGAUACUGCCAGCAUUAAUAUAAAAUAUUAUCUUAGAUCAUAACAAAUAAUUAUGAACCUUAAAAAAUAAAUUUUUUCAAAUAGUCCUUAAAUUAAUUGUUAUUAAUAUAAUAGUGUAGGUAUUACGUAUUUUUUGUAGUAUUAAAAAUACAAUAGAUACGUCCACAACGGCUGAGGGAAAUUAUCUGUACCCCUCUAAAUGUCAAAUCAUUAAAUAUCACUCUGUUUUAAAAUUAAUUAAUUUUACUGUUAGUAGAUACAGACUUGGACGUUUUUUAUUCUAUAUUUCUAUAUAUUAUAUCUUUUAUUUUAUAUAUUUUACCAAUUUUUGACAUUUAUGUUAUAUAUAAUAAUAAUAUUAAUCUUUUGUUAUCUCAAACUAUGUCAUUAUAAAAAUUAUGUUUUAUAUCAAGGAUUUGCACAUAAUUAUUGUGUAAUAUUUUGCACUUUGGUGGAACCAAUACUUAGAGUUUUUAGUAAAAAAUAGAAUAUACUUACCAACACAAUAUUUAUUUAAAAAAUAUGUUAUAGCACCUAAUGAUAUCGAUAUUGUAUUUUGUAUUUAUUACAACACUGACAGAGGUUAUUUGAGUUCACGAUAUGUUACUAUAAUUUGCAUAUACGAUUGAUAUUUUGUUUAAUGCAAAUGUUUGGUUAUUAAUAAUUGUUCGUAAAUGUUACCUUGAAGCAAUAAUAAUAACUUAGAUAUUUUUAAGAUUGAAAGAGAAUGAAUUAUCAGUUGUUCUUUUUUAAUUAUUAUUAUUUUAUUUUUAGUAUAAUAUUAGACUUUCUGCAGUAUAAAACUUAAAAAUAUGAACAGUAAAAAAAUCUAUUCUCUCCAUGGUUAAAGUUUAAAAUUGUAUUGCCUAUUUAUUGACUUUUUUCUAAUCAUUGCAGUUUAAUAUACGCAAUUUCCUUAUAAAUUGCUCCUUAAUCUUAGCUAGUGUACUGCUAUAAAAUUAGAAAAAGUAUUCAAUUUAUUUCCCAUCUAUAAUACCCAUAGAGUAUAGGUUUUUUUUUUAAAAAAAAAAUUAGUCGAAAUAAAACGAAAAAUGGUCCGUACAAUUACAUAAUUUAUAUAUAGAACUAUUAGUCAAAUUUAUGUUACCAAAUAACCCAAUUUGUAUUUUAGUUUUGAAAAAAUGUAAUACUUUCUUAUGCACUUAUAUAUUUCUUUUUACUAUUUUGUUUAUUAACCAUUUGUAAAAUGUUUAAAGAACCAACAUACUUUUUGUUUAAUUUUUAAGUCAGUCAUCAAUUAAUUCGAAAACACGUUUCAACUACUUAUUUAGGUAGGUAAUUCAUUUUUAACACUCGAAAACAAAUUCUAUAGCUCAUUAUUCAAUAACUUAUUCGGUUUAUGUAAGUAUGUGACUUUAAUUUAUAAAACAAUGACCCAGAAUGUGAUUGUUUUAAUUUAUCGUUUAAUUUAUCAUAGGUACUUACUACCUACAUCGAAUGGGUAUAAAUAUAAUAUUUUAUCCAUUAAAUAUUAAGUUAUUUAAUUCAAUUAGGUAUUUGGCUUUACUUCAUUAAUUUGGGUUUUGUUUUUUCUGUAAAAACGUGUUUUAAGCAAAUUACAAAUUAUUAGUUUAGAAAAGAUUUUUAAGUUAUUUUUUUUUUUAUUAUUAAAUUGGCUAAAAUCAUUACUAUUUUAAACAGUGUAAUUUAUGUAAAAACAAUGGAGUAGAUAUCUUGUAUAAUCUUUUACUUCACGUGCUUACUAUGGUAAUUUAAAUUUUAGGUAUUUACCUAUUAUAAUUUGUACAAUUUUAUGGUUCCGAUUAUUUAUAAUAAAUUCUUAAAACACGUCUAUCCAAAUUUAUCCUAUGUGGCGUUCCAAUUUUAAAUCAUUUUCGUUUUCUGGUAUAUGCAUAGUAGGCAUCUAUCUAAUUAAAAAAAAAAACCCGUUUUAAAUUGUUUUUUUUUAUAGUAUACUUAUAGUUCUAUUUUCAGCAAAAUAAACUUCAUCAAAUUCAAGGUCAUGCGUUCGAAAUAAUAUUAAUUCUUGUUUCUUCUAUUGUUUUUAAGUUUUGACAUGCCGCAUCGCCGCUGUAUAAUUACGUCAGAAUAAAACCGAUUUAAACUUUAGAGAAUAUUACUACCAUUAUGUUAAUAUUUUAUUAAUUUAUUUCUCGUUUCAAAUAAUGGUUAAUAAAAUAUGACGAUAAAUUUAUUGAUUUUGUGUGAUACGCAUUUCUUAGUAGGAGAGUUACAUCUAAAUUUAAAAACAUGUUAACAUUAUUCAGGAAUUCUGAAUAAUUAAAACUUGUGUUUAUAAUUUUAAAUUAUUCCCCGAAAAAAUUUUUACAAUUUUACCUAUUAUCUAUAAUUUAUAAUUUAUAUUUUCUUUUUAUUUAUAAAUUAAUAGCUGUAUGACUUAGUGUGAUAUCUUUAAUGACAGUUGUUAAAUUCAGUCUGCAACAUGAAAAUAUAAUUAUGGCUUUAUUGAUUUUACAGUAGGUAGGUACCUACUUAAUAGGAUUUAAUACAUUUGCAUGCAUAAAUUAAAUAUUGAAAAAGAAAUAGACUCGAAUGAAUGUUAAACAAUUUAGUAAUUAAUAAUAUUUCUAAUAUUAAAAUAAAUAUCUUUUCGAAUUUCUUUUUAUUUAAUUGCGGUUGGCCACCCUAGUCUUCAACCUCUAUUUGUCUAUCUUGUUAAUCUGUCUCAUUUUCAUGUCUAAUUUCCUGCACAUUGCCUAUUAACCAACAUUCUAAGUAAUUUAAAAAUAUUUUUUUUGUUUAUUUGUUGGUACCUAUUCAUAUAUUAUUUGAUAAAUAAUAUUAUUAUUUGAAGUCAACGAGUUUUUAUUUUUGAAGUUUAAUUUCUUAGUUUAGAAAUACUAGAUAUUUACAUUCUUUAAUUUGUUAUGAUACAAAAUAUUAUUUUCUAUGAGAUCAUUGAUUAAUUAUAUACUUACAACAAUUAAUAUGUAUUGUAUUUUUAUUGUUAGUUAAUGAUUGACAAAGGUUUAUUAAACUAAAAUAUGUGAUAAUGUUUCUGUAUAUUGACUGAAUAAUACUUAAUUUUAUAAUAUUAAAUAUAGUAUAAAGUACAACUUUUCAACCUAUUGUACUCAUUAAUAAUGUUGGGCUAUUUAAAUAUUAGGUAUUGUAGGAUCAAUAUUAUUCAAUUGUUUUUAUAUACCUAUUGAGAUUAUCAUUCAUCUUUUUAUUUUAAAUUUUAGAUCAAAUAAGUUAUGUACUAUAUGUUUUUAUAAUAAAUAAAUUAGUCAUUUCUCUGAAACCACGGUUUAAAAUUGUUUGAUAUACAUGUGAGGUUUAAUUUAAACAAUUUCAGGGUUGCCACUCGGUUCAACUAAAUGUUACUUUUUUUACAAGUUACUUUAAGUACCUUUUUGUCUUUAAAGUCACUAAAAGUCACUUUUCAGUUUUUUAAAUUCUGAGUGUAGCAAUGAAUGUAUUGGUUUUAUUAAGAUGUUUAUUUUUUUUUUAUAUUUUUAUAUUUUAUACAAAAAUUCGACCAAAUUUUCCUCGGAUAUUUAGGCGCGGUACUAUUUCCGAAAGGGAAUAUUGUUCAGAUGGUACUUUUGGGGGGUCAUUUUUUGAUUUUUCAUGCGGUUUUCAUAAUACCUGUGAAAAACCAGUAUAAAAUGUAAGAAUAACGGGAAAUUCACAAAAAUAAUGAUUUUUAUUUUUCAAUUUUAUAAUUUGUUGUAAUUCAGUUAAAAAUAUUUAUAGAUAUAUUAAUUAUAUAAAUAUUUAUAGAGACUCGAAAUUUGGACAGAAAACUUAUGUUAGCCGUUUUAGACGUGGUAAAAUGUUCUAAAAAUUUAAGCCAUUUUUGAGCUAUUUAUAAACAUUUUAAUUUUACGACUUCGGACGUAAUUUUUAUUCGGUAGGUAUUCUGUGGUAUAAUUGUUAGACUUAAAAGAAAUGCUUGAAAAUUUAACAGAAGGUUCAUUAGGAGUCUUACUUCGUGGUCAAAAAAGAAAAUUUGAGUUUAAUGUAGUAUUUUUUUUCAUAAAGGAAUUUUAAUAUCAAAUUUUGACGAAAACCAUUGAGUAAAAAAUUAUGUGGAACAAAUCUAAUUUUUCAAUUUUUUUUUUCUUAAACAUAUGUAUAUUGCCGAUUUAAUAACGAUGGUGAAGUCAGAAUUGAGCGGACUAACUAACUAUAAGUUUCAAAAUUAUAGAUUUUCGAAAUUCUGAUAUUAUGCGGAUAUAUGUUAUGUUAAAAAACUAAAUAUUGUCUUCUCCUUAAAUGUUUGUCAGCUGAAUGGUUAUACAUACCUAUUUUCGUCCUAGAGUUCGUGAGUGUAUAUUCCAAAAAUGAAAGUUGGAAUUCCAUCUUUGAAAACCGCCUUAAUCAGCAAUUUAUUAACUACAUCUCAAUGUUCAUCUACAAGUACAACCAGUAAAGAUAAAACAAAUUUAUCAAUUAAUGAAUGUUUCAUCAAGUAUAUCUACAUGUUCAAACGCUUCAUAUCAAUUAUAGUAAAAUAUUACUAUUUUUUUUCUGUAGACCAUUUUUCUAUCAGCAAUCUUGUUCCAAUUUACAAUGAUAGCCCUUUUUCUUAAAGGAAAUCUUACUGGGGAGGUACUUUAGAGAAGUCAUUUUCCCAGAAAAUGUGAAAAACCGGGAAGAAAUUGAGAAACUGGGGAAAUUUUGUUUGCAACCAAAUCAUAUUUUAAUUAUCUAAGUUAAUUAAUAGGCCCCCUGUUAUUUUACUUAAUAUUAAAUAUUAAUUGUUUUAUUACUUGCAUGGCUUAAAAAUUUAAGCCAUGAUUACUUGUAAGUUGUAAAAAAAAGUCUUAUACUUUUGAUUUUGUCCCCUCUCCGGUUUAUAUUUUUACGGGCACCAUUGCUUUAAUCUUAAUUAUAACAUUGUUAUAAAUGCUGGUUGGUUUACUGAAUGUAAUCUUUUACCUUUUUUUAGGUAUUUUUCUUUAUUUACAUAAUAAAUAUAUUUCGUAACACAUUAUGUUACCAAGAAUUACUAAAAAGUUUUUAUAGAAAUUUGUAUUUUUAAUUUUGUCAUUAUUUGAGUAUCAACUCAAAAAAUAAUCAAUUCUUUUUUGAGUUGAUACAUUGUACCUACUUGAAAUUGUAUAAUUGUAAGUAUCUAUAUAUUCUACCUACAAAUUUAGGUACAAAAAUGGGUAUGUUUUUCACUUAUUACAAUUUCAUGGUUAUGUCUAAUACAAUUUAUACAAUGCAUCUUAUGCAAAAUUAUAAUAACAUAUUUAUAAAUUAAGCUAAAUUGUAUGAAACUUGUUUUAUUUAUGUAUUUAAAUAAGUCACUUUUUGGUCACUUUUUAUACAUUUAAGUCACUUUAUCCAUUAUUUUAUGUUCAACACAUUCGUGGUAACCAUGCAAUUUUAAUAAUGUUCAGUAGAACCAUAAUAUAGAUUAAAACUAUGAAAAUGUACCUAUAGACUCAGUUUUAAAGCGAGUUGUAAUUUGGUAGCAUAAGGUAGGUUCAACAGGAUACUCUAAAGGUUUACAUUUUUAAUUUGUCUACUGAUCUACUUUCUUUUGGAACAGAGUAUACAAUAAAAUAAUAAUUGUUUGUUAUUAUUAAUUUACUCUAUGGUUUUAUAGUGACGAUAAAUUAAAAGUUAACACAUACCUAAAUGUACACAUUUUUAGUUAGCGUAUAUCAAUAAUAGACUAGUUUUCUUACAGGUAUCCAAAAACAGGGAUACUCAUAUAUACCUUACAAUACAUCAUUGAAUAGGCUUAAGAUAAAAUAUAAUUUAUUGCAUAUUAAUUGUACUUUUAUAUGUUAUAUAUAUUAUGUAUCUUUAGAAGAUCUGAUAGUUAUUGUUGAUAUAUAUUAUUUUUGUUGUAAGAAACUUUACAACUAGUGUUAUAAAAAACAUGUAAAUUAAGAAUAAUAAAUUGUAAAUGAGCAUGUGUUUAUUAAAUCAUGUACCUAUAUUAAUAAUACAUUUUUUUAGAAUUGUAUCUUUUUAACUUGAAUAAUUUAUCUUAAAACUUUCAUAGAAAAAAAUUAUUUUUAUAAGUACAAAAAAUAAAUAUGAAAAUAUAAAAUAAAAUAAUGUUAACAGUAAUUUCUCAUUAUUUGAUUUGACAUAAUAUCUAUGUAGUAUUCUACUUACAAAUACUUACUUCUAAAGUUGCAUUGCUUUUAUAAAAUAUUGUAAAUGUAUAGAAAAUAUAAAUUUUUAUCUCAUUGUAUAUCUCAUAUAAUUAUUAUAUUUAUAGGAAAAAUAUGGAAAAUCAAAAUAAUAUCCGCAAAUGUUUAGAAGUUGUUUGGAAUAGAAAGAGCAGUAUAAAUAAAUCAAAAUAUAUGUUGCCGAAAAUGAAAGAGAUAAACAUUGAUGAUAGUUGUAAAAAAAAAAAAAAGUCUUCAAAAUCUCAAUAUUGUUUACAGGAUUCGAAAAAUAAUGAGAAUAGUAAAGAACAUGCACAUAAACUAGUGAAAAGGAGUUUAUUUCAAGAAAAUAAAAAUAAAUGUUUAAGACAGAAUAAACUAAAAAAAACUCAUGAUUGUAUACAAAAUUUAAAAAAGAGUUCUGAUAAUGUAUUUGAAGCGUCUCAAAUACCUUGUACAAAACCUCAAAUAAUAACAAAACGAGACAAAUUAAAGAGGAAAGAAGGGGUACCUAAUGAUUGUGUAACUACUUUAAGAAAAAAUAUUGACUGCUUAUCUGGUGUGCCUCAAAUAUCUUGUACAAAAUCUCCACAAAUUAUAUCGAUCAGAGAAAAAUUAAAGAGGAAAGGAGAACUUAACGAUUGUGUAACUAAUUUAAGACAAAAUUUAGACAAUUUACCUGAAGUGUGUCAAGUGCCUUGUACAAAAUCUCAAAUUAUAUCAAACCGAGAUAAUUUAAAAAGGAAAUCAGAAGAACCUUCAGAUUAUGUAACUAGUUUAAGAAAAAAUAUUGACUGCUUAUCUGAUGUGCCUCAAAUAUCUUGUACAAAAUCUCCGCCUCAAAUAUCUUGUACAAAAUCUCCACAAAAAAAAAUAUUGACUGCUUAUCUGAUGUGCCUCAAAUAUCUUGUACAAAAUCUCCACAAAUUAUUGUACAAAAUCUCCACAAAUCAUAUCGAUCCGAGAAAAAUUAAAGAGGAAAGGAGAACUUAACGAUUGUGUAACUAAUUUAAGACAAAACUUAGACAAUUUAUCUGAAGUAUGUCCAGUGCCUUGUACAAAAUCUCAAGUUAUAUCAAACCGCGACAAUUUAAAAAGGAAAGCAGAAGAAGCUCCAGAUUAUGUAACUAGUUUAAGACAAAGUUCUGAUAGAUUAUCAGAAGUGUCUCAAAUAUCUUACCCAAUAUUUCCACUAAUUAGAUCAACCCAUGAAAAAUUAUUUAGGCAAGGACACAACUUGGUAUCGAAAAAUGUUGACAAAUUAAACACACCUAAUUCUAAUGAAAUUAAAAUGGACAAGAAUAUACAUAAACGUGUGAAAAAGAGUUUAUUUCAAAAAAAUAAAGACAAACAUUACAGUUUAAGUAAACUAAAUAAAGGAUAUAGUACACCUUAUGAUAAUAUAACUAAUUUAAGAAAAACUUCUGAUUGUUUAUCUGAAGUUUCUCAAGUAUCUAGUACAAAAUCCCCUGAAAUUAUUCCAAACAGAGAAAGUUUAAAGAGAAAUAACGUGGAUGAUUGUAUCAUUAAUAUAAAUAAAAGUGUUAAUGAUUUACCAGAAGUGUCUCAAAUAUCUUACCCAAAAUCUUCUCAGAUCAUAUCUUACAAAGAAAAAUUAAUGGAAAAACAAAUAAAAUACAUUGAGUUAAAUAAUCUUGACAAAUUGAUUGCACCUAAUAAUUAUGAUAAAAUUUACAUGGAUUUUAAAUUUACACAAAAAUUAAAUGAAAAAUCUGAAAAUAAAAAUUUUAAUUUAAAUAAAGAACAAUCAAAGUUAAAUUCAGUAGACUUAGGAAAUAUAAUUGAAUCAUCUGAAGUAAUUUAUCCUUUUAAUAAACAAAAAUCAAAGAAAAAUCAACUUAAUGGUAGUAAAAAAUCUAAUAUAAAGGAUCAUAUCAUAGGGAGUCAUGUAGAUAAAUCAAAUAUUUCUUCUGAAGGAAAUACUGAAAAUAAAUUGCAAAAUAAUGAAUUAAAAAAAUAUACAGAAAUACCAAAAUCUAACUGCAGUGAAAUAUGCAGUACAAUACAUGUUAAUUGUUUAGAUAUAACUUUGAAUAAAUUUAAACUUGAAAGCAGUAAGUUGAAACUUAAAAAAAACUCAAUUGAGUUUAAGGAAGAUCAGAAUGGCAGUAUAACAAAAAUGUUUAAAAUGGAUGAUAAUGUAAUCUCACCAUUUUUAAACUCCAAAGAAUUGGUCACAAAGACAAUUAAAGAAAAUGAAAAAACUUUUAAACCGAAUAGAACAGUUCAUUUUAGUUUGAGUAAAGAUAAAAAUACUUCAUUUACAAGUCCAUCUGAAGUAAGCAUAAUCCCUGCCACUCCUGAACAUGAUGUACUUAAUGCAGAAAAACCCAUAGUUGAAUAUUCUCCUGAAACCCAUGUAAGUAAAUAUGUUCCGUUAAUUGAAGUUGAUCAGUCACCAAAAACACCACAAAAAAAUAAUUGUCAUGCACUCAUACAGUCUGAUCAAUCUUCAUCAAAUAUGAACACUACUUUGUUACCAGGUAUAUUUGAAACAGCAACUUCUCCACCACAGUCCUUCAGAAAUUCUAAACUACCAUUUAAUGUAAGUAAUUAAAUAAAACACUAUAUAAGAUACAAAAUUGGAAACUAUAAUGUUUAUUUUUAAUUUGCAGAUUGAUUCUGUAGAAACACCUAGUAUUACUUUUGAAAAUGAGAAUUGUGUUUCAUCAGAAAUGUGUAGGAAAAAAUUUGUUGAUAGCCCAUCACCUAACCAUUUUGAUUCUGCAAAAAAACGUAAAAAAUGUUGGUAAGUAAAUUUUUUCUAAAUUCUAAUAAGAAAUAUAACUUAAUUUAAAUUGUUUAAACUACAAAUUAAUAUUUGUAGUAUAAAAGUGAUUAAAUAAAAUGUAAAUUUAACUAUCAAACUUAAGUCUAAUAUACAUUUAUAUAAACUUACAUUUUUAAAUGUUAUGAUUUUAAACUAUAGUUAAUUUUAAUUAAAUCAAUAUUAAAAAUAUCAUUGUUAUUAGGAGAAAUUUAAUUUGAUUUACAAUAUGUAUAAGGUAUAAACAGUUUCUUAUUAUAAGUAUACUGACAUUUUAAUUUCUAAUCUAAUUUGAAUUUUAUUUUGGGGAUUUUCUUUUUAAAUUUGAUCAGAUUUUAACUUAUAUUGUUACUUUAUUACACUUAUAGCUUAUGCUGUUUUUAUAAUAAAUCAUUAUUUCACAAAUUUAUGUAGUUUAAAAUAACAUAGAUUAAUGGUUAAAUAUGACUAUGAUUUUAUGAAGUACAGUAUUAUUUUAAUAAUAAAUAAAUUGUACAUUCACAGAUUAUUUUAUCAUUAAUACAAAUAUGUUUAAUACAUUUUUUUCAACAGUAAGAAUGGAUUGAGAGGAAAAUUUCAAGAACUUAUCAAUCGUAAAAAAUCUGAAGCUUGUAUUCGCGAAUAUGAGAAAAACUUAUUUAAAAAUCAUCAUUCAAAACAAGGUGAAUCUGCAAUACUUAAUGUUGUUGAAGCAUGGAAAGAGUUUGGAACAUAUAUUCUAUUUUGUUAUUAUAUAAAAUCAGGUAAAGGAAUUAUAAAUUAAAUAUAACAAAUUGAAUAUUUUCAAUACUAAUUUAUUAUUUAUUAUGAUAUGCUUUAGAAAUGGAAAUUCAAAAAGUAUUAGUAAUUUUAAAUAAUUGUCCCAAAAAUGCUACCAAAAAUAGUAUAAUACGUAUUCGUUCUCCAUGGUUGACCAUAGAGUCUAAAACUACUGAAACAGUAUUGUUUGUAGGCAUCAUUCACGCUGAAGUAAUUGAGCACUCAGUAUCCAUUAAGUCUCUUGGACCUACAGGCUUAUUUACAAGUAAUAUCAACGGGCUACAGACAACUAUAUUUCAAAGUGAUAUUCUAUGGAAAUGUAAUUGUUCCAAAGGUAUUUUAUGAAUUACUUAAUAUUCUUAUUAUUUUUAUAUACAGUGAAACAUGUCUUAACAGACAAUAUAAUAUGAUUCUAGGUAAAAGUUAAGUAUUUCAAACUAUCUAUAAUGGACAUGAACAGUAAUAUUUCAGACAAGGCCAAUUUCUGGCCAAAGUGUAUCUUUCCUUUUUCUGACGAUUCCCGUUUUUGUCAAAGCAUAAAAUUGGUUGAUUCCCCUUCCUGCCAAUAAUCGCAACUUUCUCAUUUCUAACAAAUAACAAAAUCUAGUCUAAUAUUCGAAUAUUAAUGGACGAUUGUAUCUAUUACAAUUAUUAAUUUCACAAAUAAAUAAAUUUAAAAUUUAAAAAGUUUUUUUAAAUUUAUGUAUGAAAAAAAUGUUGUUUAUUAUUCAUUGAACUCCAGGUAAAAACAGUUGUUAAUACUUAUAAUGAUUGUUUUUACCACAAUUUCUUAUACAAAAAAUUUUAAAAAUAUAAUUACUUUUACUAUUGUAUUAGUUCAAAGUUAUCUAUAACGUACUGUAAUAUCUGCCCAAUGAUAAAUUUAUUAAAGAUUAUUGUAUUUUCCCCUUACUCUAUAGAUUAUGUUGUUAUUCUUGCUUAUAGUAUCAGCUGAUAUUUUAAUUUAAUGUUAAUAUUUGUAUUUAUUUUUUUCUUAAAUUUUCAGAUACGACUUAAACCAAAUAUCAUAUUUAUAACUAUUAUAAGCUAUAAGAAUAUACUUAUAAUAUGACCUAUAUUACAAAUAACAUAGCAUUUAUAUUUUAUAUGAAAUUUGUUUAUUUAAUUAAAUUUAACCGCACCUGUACAACCAUAACUGUACAUUUUAACAUUUUUUGUGAAUAUUUUGAAAUUUUUUUUAUAAUACAAUAGUAAUAAUUUAUGAUACAAUCGUCUUUAGACUAAUUUUUUUUCAUUUUGCGGAAAGAAAAUUGACCUAAUUUAUGAUUCGGCUGAAAAGGAAAUGUACAUUUUUGGCAAAAAUGGGUAACUCCUAAUAUUUUUCCUUAUUGGCACGAUAAUGGACAACAAUUUUAUAGUAAAACAAAGGAAACUGAUAAAUGUCCAACUACUCGCUUUUAAUAUUAUUUUAAACUAUAAUUUUUAUUGUGUGUCUAAUAAUGAAAAAAAUGUUAUGUCCUAUUAUUCUAUUUUAACCAGAUACUAUCAUUGCGCUCUGCUUAUUUAGAAUAUGUUGUUUUUCCUUUGCAGUGGUGCUUCAUUAGGGAUUCCAAAAGUCCUGUAUUAUACAGGAUUUUCUAGUAUUUGAGACAAGUGUCCUGGUGUUCCGACCAAAUGUUUUAAACAACACUUUUAUCCCAUAUUUCGAAUCCCCCAUUCUGUGUGUCCCUCAAUAAUCCUUAUUUCUAAAGUUAUAUAAUUCAAAUUAGCGUGUUAUCAUGAGAUUGUGUAGUAAAUAUCACUGUAGAAGUGUAGACAAGUUAUAUUUUUAAGUUAUGUCGACUUAUAAUAAAUAUGUCAGUUUGAUUACAACAUUAAUUUUCUUAAAAUUUUGAUUUGGAUAACUUUUGAAUUAUGGACUAGUUUUGAAGGCUACAUACUUACCAUCACUCCCUCCCACCACAUAGUUUGUUGCAAUACAUGUAAAUUUUAAGUGAGAUUUAAAAUGUCCCGUAUUAAUAAUACAUAAAUCUGAGAUCCCUAUACUUCAUGUACUAUAGAAAUCGUUAGAUUUUAAGCAAAAAGUGAAAACUGUUUGAUAAAAUGAUACUAGUGACUAAUCUAUUCAUAAACUUAUUGUAAAAUUUGACAUCAGGAGUAGUUGAAUUAAUUCUACUAAAAACACUAAAACUUUUCUACAAUGGACACCUGUAUCUAAUGGAUACUUUUGAUGGUUCGUGAGUCCGUUAUAGAUAAAUUUCACUGUAUACAAUUUUUGUUUAUGAUAUCUAAUGUUUCUAAUGGUCAUCAAUAGUAUUUUAAACUACAAUUGAUUUAAAAAUGAACUUUUUUGUACAUAUAUAAUUGUAUAAUAAUAACUAAAUCUAAAUUAAAAAUAAUAUUAUCUUAUUUUUAACAGAAAAAAAUUUGCUUUUUAUCUACUAUACUGUACUAAUAAUCUACAAGUUAUAAGUUCAAGGUAGGUGUUGUAAACAAUAAGUCUGUUCAUAAUAUUAAAUAAUACCAUCUCCACUAAUUUUUUGAAAUGUAGACAAAGUAAUUAUACAUUCUCUUUGAAAUAAUACCCUUUAAACAUUUCUUCACAGUUCAUACAUAUGCUACUUUAACAGUGAUUUAAUUAAAUUUUUUUUUUCUAGAUACUGCUUGUCAAUGUUUGGGAGAAUUGAGUGUUUACAAUUAUUUGCAAUACAUGAUUUCUCAUUAA